AUGGCGAAGAGAGGCGCGGACAAGGAGCUCACUCAAGAUAACUGGGAUCAGGAAGAAGACGAAGAAGAAGUAUUUAGUCUAUUUUACAUUUUUAUGUUUUUUUAACAUUCCUCAUAGCUAUGUUUCUGUUAGGUUUGUUUUAGUGGCCCGAGGGCCGGUUACAAAUGUACAUUUGUUCUUGCCCACUCAAGAACGUCAAAUUACCAAAGUUCGCUCAUGUUACUUAAACGUUGUUAUUUGACAGGUUGGUCAUUUCAAAGUUGCAACUUCUGAGGAUCUAAGCAAGAGGAAGUGAGUAAAGAAAAUAAAGUUAAAAUAAGACUUGUGUUGUGCAGUAACUGCCCAUUUUGUUGUUGAAAAUCUGUUUUACUGAAGAUUUUUGAGUUACCGGUAAUGCACUUAGUAGACUAGGUAAAAAUUUCCUAUUUUGUUAAUUUUGUAUUGAACAGAGCUUUUAUCUUUUCAGUAAAGAAAACAGUUCAGGACUAACCUACAGUUUCCCUCUUCAUUACACACUGUAGCAGUAUCAUUAGAUAGUGCUAUACCAUUUAUCAUCUUGCCUCUUAUCUUUAAUCCUUUGACCCCUAUGAGUGACUAGCAUCUAAUUUCUCCUUGCAAUAACACCUCUGAAGCAUACAUUAAGGUCACGAGAAUUAAGUAAAUGAUCACCAACUCAAGAAGCUCUUGAUUCUUCAACAAAUUCUCCUUGUCAGCACCAUAGGAAAUUUAUAGAGAACAGUAUGGAGAAUAUGCACACUGAUGUUGGGGUAUAAAGGGUUAAAGUCAUGAAACAGGAUAGUGAAAGCUAUUUAUACUCAAGCUUGCUGUCUGUCAAAAACUUUUAAUUAUGCAUCGGUCCUUAUUGUUGUUUUGUUAUCAGAAUAAUCAAGGCUAAGCGACGUGUGAACACUGCAGAUAAUCAGGUACUUUGUAUUUUAGGAGUAGACUUGUCAGAGUGCCCUCUGGCAAACUCUUUGAUGUUUUUAUGUAUGUAUGUUUUUGUUUUUUUGUGUGCAAUAUUUAGACAAGCUGGCCCAGUUCAGCUCAAAGCUGUUUAAAUGGGGACCAGUAGAAACAAUAACAAAGUCAGACCAAAACACCAGGAGCUACAUUCCCUAAUCUUUGUGAGAAGUGUGUGUGUUUUUCAAUUUCUCGUAGUGGAUAAUCUGUACUUGGACUGUAAGUGGUCCACAUAGAUAAAUUACAGUCAGUCCAACAUAACUUAUUAUACCUCAACAGCAGGGUUAUUAAAAAGAUUUUGAGUAACAGAAAUGUCAUGCUGUCAUGCUUCCAUACUGAAAACUGAGCAGCAAACUUUAGUGAUAGCUGGCAUGUUUUUCAGGUUUGAUCAUGAAAUGUACCAUUUGCCAGCUUAUUUUGUCAACCCUUGCUACAAUGUUGUUGUUAGAUUGAUAGUUAGUCAUAAUCUGCUGGAAAUUAAGCUGGUACCUUACCCAGUUUAGCAAAUUUGUUUGCUGAACAUGUUGUUAGAGUGAUCAGCAUCAAAUUCCUGCUCACAAUAUCAGAGCAAUUAAGGAUCAUGAGAAUUAAGGAACUGGUCACCAAAAAAAAAUUUGCCAACCUUAAAACAAUUUUCACAGUAACUGCUGUAAGAAAAUGCAUGGAAAUCACAGAGCAAGAAUUUAUAUCUUGACUAUGGGGCUAAAGGGGUAAAAUUAAUUGUUCUUGUUUCAGCAGGGUAAAGGGGUUUUCCAAGGAUUCUCUGGUUUUGGCAGUUUAAAUAACAAUGCCACAGAUUUUGGAACCAGCACACCAGCCACCAAACCACUAACAGGUUUCUUUAGUCUGGCCUCAAGUUCAAAAAAUAUGUUCAGUGGUUUGAACAAGCCAACAACAGAAGCAUCAUCCAGCAAUCAAAAUGGCUGCAAAUCUAACUCAUCUGAGGAGUCAAAGACAACCAAAGCUCAGGGAAGUUCCUAUGAGGAUAAUUUGAAGGCCCUCAAUGAAAGCAUUGUUGCCUGGAUCCAAAAGCACCUUAACACAAAUCCAUUUGUUGAUUUAUCUCCAAUUUUCGAUGAUUAUAAGCAACACAUGAAGAACAUUGACUCAAAGUUUUCAAAUUCAACAACAGCCACAGCAAAUUCAUCAUUAACAAAGUCAGUGACAUUCAGCGCAUCUUCUCAACCUGCAGAGAGCUCAUUUUCACCAUUCGGUGGUCCUCCUCCUCCUCAAGCAUCACAAGAAACAAAAGGAAACAAAUCAAAUACUUUAAAUACAGGUGAGAAUAAUUUAUUUUGCAUAAUCUGUUUACAAUGGAUUUGCUCCUUAGGGGGUCACUGGGUAUCAAGAACUGCUUAUCUUACAAGUCACUAUCCCAUCUUUUGCACAAAACAACUCAACAUGAGUCCUUUAACUUUCUGCAUUGAUAUCUGGUUUUGGAAUUUUAAAAAAAAAGAUAUACACUGGUUAUUGGUUCUACCCCCACCAAAGUGAAAAUGGUAUAGCAUUACAAAGAUUGCAAGAGAAUGAUAUGAUUUAUCAAGCAUAGAGAUUUACCAUAAUCUAUUUCAAUCUGAAGCCAACAGUGAUCCUUUAUCUUGCCCAGCAUUGACACAGAUUGUAUUUCAACAGAAUGUUAGUGUAGUAGUAUAAAUCAACAGUCUAUAAACAAGAUAAAGUCUUAGCUGCAAUUGAUUUAAAAGAAAUCCAGUCAAAUUUAACUCCUCUGCUCCCUGUGCCUUUGCCAGCGGGUUUGCAUGAAUAUAUCCAUUACCUUUUGGAGUGAAUAGGGCUUCAAUUUGCAAGUACUGUGGUUGGCUGAGUGCUGUCAUACUCUUUUGAUGAAGCUAGUUUUAUUAUACAACUAAUUUUAGAGAUUUUCUGUUGUUUAAUUGUAGAAGCUCCAAGCUCAGAGACAAGUGCUGCAGAGAGUCAGCCUGGAACAUCAGGGGAAGAGAAUGCAGAGGAAGAAGUUCCUAAACCAAAAAGGUGAUCAAGUCAUGAAUAGUAGAAUAUCUCAGAGUGGAGUAAACUUCUCUUUUUUUUUGUUAUGGAAAGGUUCUUUUUUUUUUAAGAGGUAUUGUUUUUUUUGUCUGUUUGGUUACAGACUGUUGUCUCCUAUGAUACUGUGAAACCCUAGUGGGACUCCAAGGGAGUCAUAAAGUGUGUGAAUCAAUAUAGAUUUGUAUAAACUGUGGUGUUUAACAAGGAAUUACAGCCCUUAGAAUAGCCAUAACUGCACAUUUGUAAAUUGACAAUAGUUUUUACAUGUGUUGGAUAUUGCCAAUUAGCUGCCGUCGCGUCACUGGCCUCUCAUGACACUCUCUCAGGUUGAUGAAAAAAAAUGCAUUCAUCAUUCUCAUUCAACUAAUGAAAUAAACUUUUCUUGUAAGUGAAGGCCAGUGGUGUUUAGAUAAUCGUGUUUUAAUCUAUAAUUAUCUCACUCAUUCCCUGCACUCAUGCAUGAGUUUUCUAGUUGAACAUUCAAAGAGAAAUUCCACGUCACACAUGUUUUAUUCUCUAUCAUACCAUAUCUCUGUUUCAUCUUUGUUUAAAUGGUGGAGAUUGUUGCUUUUUUGUUAAAUGUUGUUUUUGUAAAAUUGGACUUGACGAUAUAGACAUUAUCCCUGACUAAUAAUGUGUUAUUUUUGCUCACAUUUUAUUCCAGUGUUGUGGUAGCUGAAGAAGGAGCUUUCCAUUCCAUCAGGUGCAAGCUAUUUUUUAAGCGUGAAUCAUCUUGGGUUGAACUGGGAAUUGGAAUGCUGAACUUGAAGAAACUUGAAGGAAAAACUCAAUUGCUGGUGCGGAAUGAUACAGCCCUUGGAAAAAUAGUGUUGAACGUGUAUCUGGCAGAAAACACUCCAAUCAGUAGAUCAGGGAAGAACAAUGUAAUGUUAAUAUCUGUUCCAAAUCCUCCACUCUUCUCCAAAGAUGCUGAAGGAGACAACAGCAAACCUGCAACAUAUUUAAUUAGAGUGAAAACGAGUGAAGAUGCAGAUGAACUUUUCAAAAAAAUGGAGACAAACAAAACUUAAACAAAUUAACAAUGCUUACUUUUUGAUACAAAGUGGACAAAGUUUGCACAGUUUUUAAAACUUUUUUUUUUAAUACACUUGGCAUAGCAAGAUGAUUGCCUUAGGAAAGAGCUUAUUUUUAGUGUUAGACCAGGCAAUGAAUAAAAUUGUUAAUUUGAAAAGUCACUUUGGAGAGUUGGGCUGAAUCUUCAUGUCAUUUUGAGUGUCACAUUAACUUUCCAGUCAAAAGUUGUUUUUUUUUGUUUAUCAUGUGUAAAAUUUUACUUUUUUCUGUGUUUCAGUUCAAGUGCACUUAAAAUUUCCCCAAUUUUGUUUCCAUGUAAGUGAAGCUGAUGAUGUUGUGGAAAAGAAUCCUUUAUAAUUCAAGCAUUUUUUCAUUGAUAUUUUAAUUUAAUCCUCUCUGAAGUAUUCUUUUAAUUUAAAAAUAAACUGAGCGUUUUGAUUAUUUUGUUUUUUUUUUCUAAUGUAUUUUGUAACUACCAUUUGACAUUGGCAAAUGCUCUGAGAACAGGCACCC